AUGAACUGCUCUAUGUUCCUGGCCAUCAACAAGAAGUGGGGUCCCCACACCAUCAACCAGAUGGCCACCAGCCACAACACCCAGCUCCCACACUACCACUCCCACUUCUUCAAACCAGGGAGCACCACCACCAACUGCCUUGUCCAGGACUGGUUCAAGCACAGGGCGCCACUGCCACCAUCAUCGCCCCAAUGUGGAGCAGGUGCCACUGGCGCCAGGACCUCAACGACCUCACAAUCAACAUGCCAAUCCCACUGCACACAUCAGAGGAGACAUUCCUCAGUGAGCAUGGGACACCAGAGCCACUACACAACUGUAGAUGGCGCUGGGCGGCCUAUUGGAUGUGUUGGAUCUGUGGCUUAA